CGUUGCUAUGAUAUCGAUUACAACAAUUAAAUCAAUAUAAACACUCACAGAACUCAGAGUUCAGCGGAGAAAGAAGGAAAGGAAAAAAAAGCCCUCUAGCAUCAUCAGUGACAGCCAAUUUAGAGACCCACCCAGAGUGUUUUUUCAGGUCACUGCAGCUGCAGAAUGUCCACAACAUCGGACACAUCCACUGAGACAUCAACCACAAGCUCCAGCAGCAGCGAAUCCCACACCACUGACGCCCAGGAGGACGUCCAUGAGGAGGCAGCCGAAGGACGUGCCUCCAGUCUCACAUAUCGCGAUGUCACAGUGAAAUUUCAGAUAAGUGAAAGUCAAAUUGUCGCACAUGUCUAUGACAUACGCAUUACAAUUGCCGAAGUGAAGUGUGACAUGGGCAGCAAGUUCCACAUUCCCCCCAAUUGUCUCACAAUCCGACAGCGCGGCGCUCCCAUAGACGACACCGACACGCUUCAGCAUCUCACUCGCAACGACUUUGGCAUCAUUGAGGUGCACCUGCACCUCACCGAUGCCGCACGCGAGGCGAAGAUGCUCCUGGAUCUCGGCACUUACUACAGCCACUUCACGCUGCCGGAAAUAAUCACCGUUCACAUCGUCAAUGAGGAUCCUCAGGAGGGCGAAGCAAGAGUGCGUGAAGUCCUCGUGGAGAUUGAGAAUAGAUCAAUUGUCAAGCCCUUCCUCGGUGGCUUCCGAAAUUCAAAGACAGGCCUUGAAUUUCAUCAUGCUUUCUCCCAAACUGGACCGCCAAGCGACAGCAUUCGAUAUGACGGCAGGACAACAAGAGAGACACAAACUAUCAUUCAGAAAUCCUGCUCACAUGUAAAUAUAUUCAGUCAAAUUACGACUGUCGUAUGAGUUUCCCACAGACUAUUGCAAGACAGUCCAAGCAUGUCACACGACAAAAACCCAAACAAUUCACAAGUGUCCAAACUCUAAUAGAAUACACUUCUCUUCUAGCUUUCAUGUUAAAUUAUUUGAUAAUAAUGUGAUAUUAAACAAACAGCGCAUAGGAUAAUUCCAAUGAUUCACGAAGGACUGUCCAUAAUUUGUAACUGUAUUGUGGCUACUGCGGAAUUUUCUCAGAAGAAACAUAAUUUUCGUCCAGACUUCUCAUUAAUUCACUGCAUUGGAAACGGCACGCGAUAUCGAUCGACACUUUGAGAGAUUCGUCUGUAUUUUAUUUCAUU